UGAGUAGCUUCAAAAUGAUAAACAUUCUACUGUUGGGCCUAGCGAUCGUUCCAGCAAUUUUGGCGGAUGUUCCAACGGGAUGUGUGACGCUGAAAUUUGUGAACAACGCAAAGCAUAUCAAUAUGUGGGACAAAACCGUCCUGCACUACCGGAAGCUCUACGGUGGUGAUGAAAAGGAAGAGUGGGUGAUCGAGAAAAGUGGCAAUGACUACAAAAUAAGGCCCAGAAUUUAUACGGAGUAUUUGUAUGCCGAGAGCAAAACGGACGACCCUGGCCGAGCGGUGAAAACCCUCAAAGAGGGAACUACUGAUGCGAAUGUUUGGAAAGUUGAGCAAAAAAUGGCACUUUACUGGAUCAGCAAUGUCAAGUACCAGGAAUGUCUGGUGAUUAGUGGAUCCGAUCAUGUGGUUACCAAGAAAAUGGAUAGCUGUGGCGAUGAUUUGUGGGAAAUCCAGCCUGUUUCAAACUGUUUGAUCGUUGGAAAAAAGAACUAAUUCCAAGCAAUUCUUGCUUGAAAUAUCACGUUUAUCAACUAAACAAUAACUACGUUUAAUAAAUAAAGAAACUUAACACCAGAAAA